AUGCCGUGGUGCGAAACCGAACAAACAACAGCGCUGCACAUCCAUCUCGCGGUUUUUCGAAAGCUGUGGAUCGUCCGCCUGGUUUGCGUUCUUGCCAUCCUGGCGCACGUCCUGGAAGGAUGGUACGCCUUCGUCCGCGCCAAGAGGGCGGGCCACGGGGACACGGCUCCCCGGUGGCUGAUCCAGACUUUGAUCCUCGGGUACCCGUCCACCCGCUUGGUAAUGCGGCUCUUGUCAUGAGAACGAGAACGGCCUCUUCCGCCUACGACGGCGCUAGAAGGCGCACUUCAGGUCAGCAAACACGCGGGCGGGGUGGCGGCUUUGUGUCUACGAAGCGGGGUGUCGUGACUGCUCUUGUGGCGGGAUGUGCGUGUGCGUGUCCGUGUGUGUUUCCCGAGCGUUUAUGUGGUGUCUGCACACAACCUGUCUGGUGCGAGGGGGGGGAGGAGGGGGCAGCCUCUGCCGCCGGCGCCGCUGCACGAUGGUGCAUGUUUUGUUUUUUUGUUUGUUUGGGGGGGGUAUGGUGCGGUGCUGCGGGAUGCGGCGGUCCUUCGGGACGGUCCUACCAUGGAGAACGGCCACGUGUUCCGUUGAUAUGUGCGCCUUUUGUGCGAAGCAGAGAACACCUACUAUUGCGGGGAUUUUUUGGGUGUGGUGUGUAGCCGAGUAUGACUUUGGUGCGGUAGACAUUUUGUUGCUUGUUUUUUUUUCGUGUUGACCGCCUGGGCCCUGAUGGUGGGGGCUCGGGGUGGUAUAUUGUUUCCGUCGGUGGGUGUUGGCGAAAAGAGCAACAGCAGUGUGCUCGACUGAGUCGUUCGUUGCUGUCUCCAGAUAGAUUCACGAGAGUACUUGUACUCCAUCUGUGUUCAGGAGAAGUCUACAAUGCUGUCGUUUUUCGUCGGGGUUUGCUGCAUGGCUGCAUGCAUUUGUUUGGAACGCGUGUCUUGCAGGUGUUCUCUUCUUGUUGAUGUACAAGAGGCCGUGCCGGCAACUACUUGUAUUUAUGUCACUACUCGCAGUCGUGUUUUAUGUGGACGCAGGGAAUCGUGAAGCCUGCAGUCGUGGUUGAAGAUUUUGUCGCUGGCGUGACGUGUGUUUUUUUCACAUAUUUGCGGGUCCGAGGUUUGACCACACCGGUGACAACGUCUUUGUGGAAAAAGCUACGUCUAUGCUUGCAGGUUUGUCGAGAUGGUGAUCUUACGGGCCUUACGUGUGACAGUGUGCUUGAGCUGUUGCCGUUGAUUCAACACCGAAUCCUUGCCCCUUACACGUGAUGACCGCUACGUCAAGUGUCAUGCCUGACUCGAGGAGGGUGUUUACAAAUAAGUUUAGGAGACGAUUCGCGCUUGACGAGGCGGCGAGUGCCUUGAAUCAGAUGGACCCGGAGCGAUGCUAACCGUUCGGGAUACUUUGCGGCAAGGCGUUAUGGUUUGUGUACGGCUGCCUCUUGCGCAGUGCGUGGCGCUCGCAAGGGCCCGGCAGACACUGCUGCAUUGUCUUUUUUUCUGCGAUGCUUCCAACCAGGGGGAGCAUUCGUUGACGUUGUCGCUGGCACAAGACUUUUUGUCGGAUUUGUUGUUCUGGGCCAAGCGUUGAGCUGUGUUGUGGCGUUGAAAAGCAUACAACCCUUC